AGAGGCUGACUGCAAGGCUGACUGCAUAAGCCAGUACGCCCCGCUCACUUCAGGCGCCAAGCUGCGAGAUACAACGCGGACACAGCUAUAUUUCAACGCCGGUCAUCCUUUCUUCCCUUACAUCGUCCUUCUCGUAUCAUAACAUGGCUGCUUCGACAAUGGCCGACGUCAUCAUCGUAGGCGGAGGCAUUGCCGGGACAGUCAUUGCAUCGCGGCUGCAGGAGAGAAAGCCAUCUCUCUCGAUCGUAGUGAUUGAAGCAGGAGCUGACCCCGCCGGCAAUCCGUAUGUGACUGAUCCCGCCGCGGCCGCGAACCUCCACUUCUCCGAAUUCGACUACAACUACCUCACAACACCGCAAGAACAUCUUGACGGAAAUCCGAAGCGUAACGUUGGUUUCAAAGGGCUUGGAGGCGGAAGUGUUAUCAAUACUGGUGGCUGGAUACGAGGCGAUGCGCAGGACUACGAUGAGUGGGCUCGAGAUGUGGGUGAUUCGCGGUGGAGCUAUGAAGGCCUUCUGCCAUACUUCAAGCGUACUGAGAAGCAUUUCGACCCUGACGCAGAUCCAUCGCAGCAUGGUCACGAUGGCUUGAUGCAUACUGCGUCUGUCAGUUCAUCUGGCCGUCAGUUUCCGCUACGCCAAAAUGUCUUAAAGCUUUGGUCCAACCUCGGCAUACCUCAUAUUCACGAUUUGAAUGAUGGCCGUCCGCAGGGUAUCAGUGAUCUGGUGGAGAAUUUUGAGAACGGCAAAAGGCAGAUGACGCAGUCCGUGUUUCCAUUAAAGGGCGUGAAGGUGCUCACGAGCACUCUCGUUCGCCGCGUGCUGUUCGACGAUGCGAAGAUAGCUGUCGGCGUCGAGCUCGCAAACGGUCAAAGAAUCGAUGUCAACAACGGUGGUCAAGUCAUCAUCACUGCGGGCGCCUAUCGAACGCCACAAGUCUUGAUGCUUUCUGGUAUUGGAGACCACUUUCAACUCUCGGAGCACGAAAUCCCGACUAUAGUUGACCUACCUAGCGUAGGUCAAAACCUGCAUGAUCAUCUCAUGCUAUAUCGAUACUGGAAGCUGCGACACCCGGAGCAAGGUCUAGCCGUCGGCUCGCCUCUCUUCGGUGGCCCGAACUACGAUAAAGGAGGACCAGUGGACUUCUUGGUUCGCGCGCCAAUACCCACAAAUCCACUGAAGUCAGCUAUCGAAAAGGACGAAGGUCCAGUUUCUGAUGAGCACCCACUGCUCAAGGGCCCACGCACUCACCUCGAGAUGUUGCUCUUGUACAUCGCCGUCGGAGCAGAAGCGCAAGGCCUUCAGAUUCCAAUCGACGGCUCUUCAAUCAUGACCUUCUUCAUGGGCUGUCUUCCCACGUCGCGUGGUUCGGUGACGCUCGCAUCGUCUGAUCCCGCUACGAAUCCUAUCAUCAACCCGAAUUACUACGCAACGGAAGCAGAUCGUCACGUCAUGCGUGAAGGCUUCCGUAUGCAAACGGAUCUGAUGUUUAACUCUGCUGAGGGUAAAGAGCUCGUCGAAAGCGAAUACAUUCCACCAGGCCUUCCAGCAUCAGUGCAGGUAGAGGCAGAUGCAACUAUCGAUGCAAGGAUCAAGUUGGGCGCGGGUACCACGUACCAUCCUGCAGGAACAGCGGCCAUGGGGAGGGUUGUUGAUGGGUCGCUAAGGGUGCAUGGGGUCAAGAACUUGAGGGUUGCAGAUGCGAGUAUCAUUCCAAAGCCUCUUGCGGCACAUUACCAAGUUCCUGUCUACGCGAUCGCCGAGCAGGCUGUGGAUAUUAUCUUGGCUGAGUGCUUCAAGUAGGCAAAUAGGUUGGACCACAUGCUCGGCUAAUGUUUCAACUCUGUUCCUC